UUUCCAGUAGUUCCUGGUUUGUGUGGGACAUUACCUUUUACAGAGUAUUUAAACUUCACUGCCAGGAGUAAACGUUAUCAAUUCAUUUCUUUUGAGUAUCCAGAUCAGAAAGUUGAUUCACUGCAGAAGAGAAGCUGAUGGCAAAGGUGGCUGUGUGUGUCUCCAUCAUGGUGCUCCUUGUGGCGCUGGGUGAAAGCAGUCCUGGGAGGUUUUGCUGCACACAGUACCAUGAACAUCCAGUCCCAGUGAAAGUGCUGAAAAGCUAUCAAAUCCAGAAGGACACAGGUUUCUGCAACAUCAAGGCAGUAAUUUUCAGGACUGCGAAAAAAAAACUUCUCUGUGCCGAUCCUGACAAAAAGUGGGUGAAAGAUGCCAUGGAGUCUAUAACACAAAGACACUGAGCAACGUGGAGAUCAUCUGAGGAAAUCAGCUUCAAGACACAAAGACACACAAGAUGAAUUGAAUGCAUUUUUUUUACGGUCAAUAAAUAGAAUAUUUUUGUAUCAUUUUAAAUUUAUUGUUUAAAUAUAUUUCUUUAAUGGCAAUAAAUAAAUUUAUAUAUAUAUAAUGA